GCUCCUAUCUAGUAUUGUCAUACGAGUAGAGGGCAAGAUGUCGAACAAGUUUGCAAUCCUUCUGGCUUUCCUGGUUGCGGUAGUUGCCUGCGUACAGGCAAGAACUGCAAUCGUAGGUGGAUUCGAGAUCAAUAUAGCUGUGACUCCGUAUCAAGUGUCGUUACAAUACUUCAAUAGCCAUUGGUGUGGAGGUUCUGUGCUGAACAACAAAUGGGUUCUGACUGCAGCUCACUGUACUGUUGGAAUCUCCGCCAGCAAUCUCGCCGUGCGUUUGGGAUCUUCGAGACACGCAUCUGGUGGAACCGUUGUACGUGUGGCACGAAUCGUAGAUCACCCGAACUACGUCGACGGUACGUUCGACUAUGAUUUCUCGCUGUUGGCACUGCAAAGCCAACUUACCUUCAGUAUUUUGGUGCAGCCUAUUGCUCUUCCCAAGCAAGAUGAACUGGUGAAAGACAGAAUAAUGACGAUCGUGUCUGGUUGGGGUAGUACAAAGAAUGAUGCUGAAUCGAACGCUGUUCUGCGGGCUGCUAUUCUACCGACCGUGAAUCAAAAGGAUUGUAACACGGAUUACCAGCGAUUCGGAGGAAUCACUGAUCGAAUGCUGUGCGCCGGAUAUCAGCAGGGUGGAAAGGACUCUUGCCAGGGAGACUCUGGUGGUCCACUGGUCGCUAACAAAAAACUCAUUGGUGUUGUUUCUUUUGGCUAUGGUUGUGCACUUGGUGGCUAUCCAGGAGUGUACUCGCGCGUGGCCAUUGCUCGCGACUGGAUUCGCCAAAACACUGGAGUUUAAAACGAUAUCGAACCGAUUGGAAAGAUAGUUUGUCAGUCAAAAUGAAGUAAAAUAAAAAUCAAAUAAACAAAA